GUCACUAAUGUCAAUGUCAAAUGAUAUACGGUCGUCGAUCUGUCAUCAAUUUGUAAAAAAAGGAGUAAUUUUCACAGAAAAGAGAUUUUACUGAAUCAAUCAAAAUGAGUAGUGACUUUGUAUGGGCCAUAAAAAACGGAGAUUUGGAACAAGUGAAGGACAUUAUCGAGAAAAAGGCUGUAAAUGUAAAUGAAGAAGUGCAGGGACGUCCUCUUAUUUUGUAUGCUGCAGAUUAUGGUCAAGCAGAUGUAAUAGAAUACCUUAUAUCCGCAGGGGCAGACGUAAAUACGAAAGACAAAUUUGGCAUCACAGCCAUUUUGGCAGCAAUAUGGGAAGGCCACAAGGACUGCGUCAAAUUGUUGUUAGACAAAGGAGCCAAAAAAGAUGGAGUCGCUCCUGACGGUAAGACCUAUCUGGAAUCAACUGAGAACACAGAAAUCAGGCAACUCUUAUCGGCCUAAGAUACGUCCUUGUUUUAUCCAAAAAUGAUUAAGUCGAGCAAUGUUAGUUUUUAAUUUAUUUCGUAGAAGUCUAGUGACUGAGUUAAAAAAUGUUUUGUUAUAGUUUUUUUAUUUGCGUAACUGAUUAUUCUCACACUAAAGACUGGACAAUUUGUGGAUUUGUCAAAAAUCUAUGGUAUAAAGAAUUUUGUUUACGUUAGCCGAUUUUCUCAAUUAAAAAUCAAUUAGUGCAUCUAAUGUAUACAAUUCGUAGUUUUUUGUUGAGAUAAACAGACAUUCGAUUAAGUUCACAGUAUUUAUCAUGUUUAAGACUACAAGCAAUGAAAUUACAAAUUUUUCAUAUCAUACUAAGAUCUCUUUGAUUUGGAGCUCUUUUUGUUCUAAUUAUUUAAAUUGGUGUUCAAAAAACAUACCGUUGACCUCAAAAACAUCUACUAUUUGUAAUGCCAUGGACUUUUCCAUAAUUUCGAAAUAAUUGGUAGCAGUGAGACUGGCCGAUAAUUUUCUGAAAGAUUUGAUUCCCGUUUCUUAAACAUUGGACAAAUUAUUGCUGUUUAAGGACCGAUGUAAAAACGUAUUCUUUGAACUGUAAACUGAAUCCAAUCUAGCUGAAAAAGAUACCAGUUUAAAUCCCUGUAAAUGGACUGCUUCAAUCUCCUCUUCCUUCAACCAAUGUUCCGUUAUACAAAAAACAUCAAUUUUCUUGUAUUAUAAGGAGUUGUUAGGGAUUUUGGAGUGUGGGAGUCAGGAUAUAUAUGGGAUUUUGCUCUUACUUGAAUUUCAACUGUAAAUAAUGGAAAGCACCUCACACAUUGGGGAUGAAUAAUAACAGGCACAAACUUUACUGUGAGCGGUACAAUUACCGAAAGAAGCAGAAACAAACUACAUUAUCAGAAACUAGAUUACUAAUAGUUCAAUGGCUCAUCACUGCUUGUAGUGUGAACUGGAACUAUUAGUAAUCUAGUUUCUGAUAAUGUAGUUUGUUUCUGUUUCUUUCGGUAAUUAUACCGCUCACAGUAAAGUUUGUGCCUAUUAUUAUUCAUCCCUGAUGUGUGAGGUGCUUUCCAUUAUUUACAGUUGAAAUUCAAGUACGAGCAAAACCCAUAUAUAUCCUGACUCACACACCCCAAAAUCCCUAACAACUCCUUAUACUGGUGCCCACCGUGGGGCGCCAGUUUGUAACAGAGUACGGGUUCGCGUGAUAGAUUAUGGUCACCAUGGGGCGAUAUUGAGCAAUAACGAAUCGCGGGGGGAAAAGGACUAUGGGUAAAAUGCACUAACUUUCGGUUCACACCACAUAAUAUAUUCCGUGAUUAACAAAACAUGAACAAACGCUAUAGUUACUACAAUAAUAAAAUAAUAAAGAAAUGUAACAAUAGUUCAGAGUAUUUUCCCACCAACCCGAUUCGUGUGUCAGCAUCUUCUCUCUCUUCUUCUCCCGCGCAGUUUCUGCGAUUCAUUCGAUUCUUAAAUAACAGCUCGGCCGGAGAAGCACAGAACCGGCUCGUUACAGUAUGCAAUAAGACUUCAUUUACUACUUUAUUCCGUAAUGAUUGCACAUUUGCAUGUAGAAUCCUUUGGUUGACGUUUGAACAGUAUGUGGGGUUUUAAGGGCAUAUCCCCCCCUCCUUCUGGAGAUUCAGAAAUUGGUUAACAGUAACCUCGUCAGGGCAUAUUUCUGAACAUAUAAACCUAGGUCGGUCAAAUACCAAAUGACAGGACUUCAGAAAGCCCACAAUGUUUUCAGGUGUAAUCUCUGGGUGGCCAAUCCAGUAACAAAAAUAAAUGUCAUUUUCACUUGAGUGGUUUAGAGGUCUCUUUGUUUGGCUUAGGUCAUUGAACGCUGUGGAACUAGCUUUUUUAGCUUAAUCAGGAAUAAAAGCAUUAUGAUGAAACGAUUUGAUUGAUUCUGAUACGAAAUACCAUCUUUUGAAUGCCAUUUACUAUUCUAAUAGGAAAAUAGGCCGCAAUUUAAGUUAAAAAAAUGAUUUUAUUGACUUUUCGGCUUCCACUUGGGAGGUCGUUAUUACAAAAUAAUAAUGUUCAUUAUUAUUUUGUAUUUAGAUAAGCCACUCCGAAGUGGAAGUCAAAACGUCAAUAAAAUCAUUUUUUAACUUAAAUUGUUACACAAAUAAAUAGCUUCAGAACAAUAUUUUGAAUGUCAAUCCACAAAUUGGUCCGUUCUUUUUCGUCUUUGUAAACUAUCAAAAGUUUACAAAUUAUUCGUAUUAUUAACAAAUUAAUCACAUUUAAUAAAUUAUAUUUUCUGCACCUCUUCACUGAUAUAUUGUUUUAUUAACAGAUUAGAAACAAAAUAACACUUAUUGCUUAAUGAACAAAAAUGACUGAUUUUUUAUUCGUGAGCUGCAUUUUCCAGGUUUUAAAAACCGAAAACGUGAGGUUUUGGUUGUAUUUUCUUUAAGUAUUAUUGCAGUCUCUGGAAAAAGCCUUAUCUCAAGAAAAUGUGUAUUUGGGAAGACGAAGAUAGCCACAUAGUAACUUCAACAUUUAUUACUUCCAUAUGAUUCAUGUUCAUGAUUUAAGCCACAUCCUAGCCAGAAAUUUUUUAAAUCAUAUGGCGUCUGAAAUCCACAAGGAAAAAGGUUUUCCUGUAGCUGGCUGUAUACCAUAUAUGUAUCACACAAAAUAAGUAAAAUCCCUUAUAAAAGGUAUAUUUAUUAAAAUUACCUAAAAAGGACUACAUCACAAAAGCAGAACUAAGUUUUCGAUCUGAUUACAGAUCAUCAUCAAUGCUGACAUGCUAAGCCACCAAAAUUGAAAAUAUUUGGGUAAUAACCGUUAAACAGUCAUUUAAACAUUGACUAUAAUUAUUAUAAUAAACAUGGAUGUAUUAGAUAUCACAUGAAUUAAGCCCUGGGUACUAUCUGACACGCUCUCUCUUGUCGUUUCCCCAUUACUGUGGAUCGUGAUUUCUUCCAAUAUUUCUAACAAUGUUUCUCCAUUGGUCUCUAUUUUCAGCUGCUCUAAGAGCUUCGCAGAAUGAGUUUCCAGCUGAAUGCUUUAUUUGGUCAGACCAUCUAGUUGGUGAUCGUCCUCUUGAUCUUUUCCCCGGAACGUUUCCAGAAACAAUUAAUCUCUCCAAACUGUCGUCACCUCUGCGAACCACGUGACCAAAGAAUUGCAGAAUUCGUUGCAGACAUAUUGUGGACAGCCUUUUUUUAAUAUUGAGUUGGUUUAGAAUGGAAACGUUUGUCCUAUGAGCUGUCCAAGGUAUGCGUAGCAUUCUUCUCCAGCACCACAUCUCAAAGGCAUCAAUUUUUUGGCGCUCGUAUGCGCGAAGAGUCCAAGUCUUUGCUCCGAAUAGAAAUAUUGAGAAUACAAGAGCAUUCACCAGUCUCAUCUUGAUAUUUUGAGAGACAGAUCUGUCUUUCCAAACUUUAGUUACGCGACUCAUCGCAUUUUUUGCCAUACCAAUUCGUCUCCGAACUUCUGCUUCACAGUUACCAUCGUUAGUUAUACUAGACCCGAGAUAGAUAAAGGUGUUUACUAUCUGGUAUUCCUGUAACAUGUUCCUGUAGUCCUGUAGUCAGUUGAAUAGUGUCGAAUGUCGACCACCAUUAUUUUUGUCUUAGCUUUAUUGAUUUUCAGACCAACUUUAUUGCUUUCGUACUCAACUCUUCGCAGAAGAUCAAACAUUUCUUGCUCAUUUGUCGCUAUAAGUGUAGUGUCAUCAGCAAAUCUUAAAUUGGAGAUUUUCGUACCAGCUACUGUUACUCCACCGGCCCAUCCUUCUACUAAAACCAUCCUCAUGCAUGUUCACCAUAAAUGUUAAAUAAGUCAGGUGACAACACGCAUCCUUGUCUAACACCUCUCUCAGUCUUGAAUUGGUAUGAGAACUUCUGAUCUAUUCGUACUGUCGCUAUAUUAGACUGGUACAGAUUUUUAAUAAGUGUCACCAGGUGCAUUGGUGCGCCCAUUUCUAUUAAAAUUGACCACAGAUUUAUCCAGCUUACACAAUCAAAUGCCUUUUGGUAGUCAACGAAGCAUAUAAUCAUAGGUACUUAAAAUUCUCUAGACUUUUCAAUGAGUUGUCUCAGGUUCAGGAUUUGUUCCCUUGUACCUUUACCCUUUACAAACCUCGCUUGUUCCUGAGGUAUUUGGUAAUGUAGAUAAGUUUUUAAUCUGUUUUGGAUGAUAUGCAACAAGAUUUUACUAGCAUGUGUUAUUAGUGACAGUAUGCGGUAGUUUUCACAUCUGGUAGUAGUUCCUUUUUUGUGUAGCGGGAUAUAAAUUGAGGUACCUACACAAAUCAGAUGGCCAUUUUCCUGAAUUCCAAACAGCGACACAGAUAGAAUGGAUGAUAUGUAAUCCUUUGUCACCUAGUAACUGUAGUAUUUCACAUGGUAUUGAAUCAAUGCCUGGGGAUUUAUUUCUUUUUAGUGAUUUAAUUGCAUCUUUGACUUCAGCGAGUAAGACAGUAGGUUCUCUAGGGUAGAAGGCCACUGAUUUUCUGCUGAUACCUCGUUAUUUUUAUAUAGCUCGCCACAGUAGCUUCGCCAUGCCUCCAAUAUUUCAUCAGUAUCGGUCUUUAAAUUACCUUCCUUAUCUAUUACAGACCAUGUUUGAGGUUUAAAUUCUCUGGUAAGGAGUUUGAUCUUCUGGAAUAAAUCCCUCGGUUCAUUUCGACAGCCAUGUUCCUCUAUCUCUCUGCAUAUUUGAGAGAUGUAAUCAGAUUUAUCUUUGCGGCACUGUUUUCUGAUUUCUCUAGAUAACGCUCUGUAUUCAUCGUUUGUUCCGUAUCUAGUUUUAUGUUCUUUUCUGCGUUGAAUCACAGUCCACGUAUUAUCGGAUAUCCAUGGCUUACGGUCAGUGGAAACCGCUGCCUCACAGUCUUUUGCAGCCUCGAUUACCUGCUUAUCUUUGAGAUAGAUCCAAGUGCUCUCAGGGUCACUAUCUACUUGGUCUAAAGAAAGACCUUCUUCUAGGUUUUGUUGAAAGUCAUUGAUUUUUGUUGGAUUUAGAGAUAUGACUUUUCUCUGGGGUCUUCUUUUGGGGACUUUAUUCUGACACUCACUUGAGUUGAAUUCGUUCCUCACAUUUUGAACGGUUGUUGGCAACUCCGUUCAAAAUAUCAUUAUAGUCAAUGUUUCCAUGACUGUUUAAGUUCAAAGGGUUUUUACCCAAAUAUUUUCAAUUUUGGUGGAUUAGCAUGUCAGCAUUGAUGAUGAUCUGUAAUCAGAUCGAAAACUAGUUCUGCUUUUGUGAUGUAGCCCUUUUUAGGGAAUUUUAAUAAAUAUACCUAUUAUAAAGGAUUUUACUCAUUUUUUAUAUAGCGUCUGCUGAUGAAUGAGUUGUGGUAUUUCUUGCGUAAAUUGCCACAUUUUGAGAUACGGCCUUCUUCCAAGGUAGCUAUCAUUAAAAAAAUUCUAGUUUAUAGCUCUAAGCAUUUUGUAUAAGUUAUUAUUUAUGAAAAUAUAUCCAAACGACAAAACACUUUAUUUUUAACCUCUCCUUGACCGUAGCUCAUGUAUUUUCCUGCGUUUUAUGUUCUAGUGAAUACUUAAUGGUCUUUCUAUAUGUUUCUAUAUGUAUUUAGAGUAUAUGUUGUAUUUUAUUGUCUUGUCCGAAAUUUAAGACGCACAAUGACCAAAUAAUUGUGCCAAUGUGUAAACUUCGUAGAUCUGGAGAAACUUUUAUUUUUAAAAGGGGUACAUCUCUAUCCUUUGACCUUUCUGGAAAUAAAACCAACAUUUUUUUAUUUUAAUCUUUAUAGUUUAUGAUUUAAAAGUGCUGACUUGUUUUUUUAUUUUAUUAAAAACAUUAAACUGUAUGUAGUGUCGUAAACAUACUAAUUGAUAGAUUGGCUUAUAUAACCCAGAAGCCUUUUCAACAUAAUUUUAAGAGAACUGACAGACAUACUCUUCCAUCCACCAUGCCGAAAGACGAAAGGCACUCUACAAUAUGCAGUCACAUUCCGUCUAUUCGUCUAGGAAAAAAUACCAACAAAAGUUGAUGCAACUUUUAAAAUUUUUAAAAAUAUUGAAUUUUUAAAAAUAUUUAGAUUCUCUCACAAUAAAACACUGAAAAACGUUUGUUUUCUAUACUUCCACAAAAUUUAUUACAACUAUGUUAUUACUACAGCUGUUUCGGCAAAGUGCCUUUCUCAAGUGAUAUAUUUUACAAUGUGUUUGCCUUUUUAAGUCUUUAACUGAAGAGGUUGAGGAGUGGGGAGCUAUUUGUCUCGAGUUGGUCGUUCAGAAUUAUAUCUGUAUUUUUCAAUUUAUUAAGCCCAUUAUUAUCAGAUAUAUUUAUGAACCAACUUGAAACAACAAUUUCUAAACACCCCGUAUUUAAACAGUUCUUAUAUUGGUGGAGAUACGUGGAUGACAUACUAGUCUGCUUUACAGGAACUAACAGACAACUUGACCAAUUUCUAUCAUAGAUUAAUUCACUUCAUAGUAAUAUUGAGUUCACAAUAGAAACAGAACAGAAUAAUUCCAUAAACUUUCUAGACGUAACGAUUACCAGACUACACAACAAACAUAAGUUCUCCUUAUAUCAUAAACCUACCCAUACUGACACAACUAUACACCCAUCAUCCCAUCCUACACAACACAAAUUAGCAGCCUACCAUAGCAUGAUACAUAGACUGACAGAAAUUCCUAUGACAAAAAAUAACUUCGAGACAGAACUAAAUAUCAUUAGACAAAUAGCAGUAAACAAUGGCUAUAACGAACAAACAGUUAACAACAUUUUAAACCAAAAACUCCAUAAGAAAGCCUUGAAAUUAGUGUAUCCACCACCACAGAAAGAACCCAGUACCUUCUGCUCUCUCACAUAUACUGGCAAAAUAACAACAAAAAUAGCCAGAUACAUAAAAAAGAAAGGAAUAACACCAGCUUUCAGAACUAACAACAACUUAAGCAAACAUAUUAAAAACAAUAAAAGCCGAAAGAGAAAGCAACUACAGAGCGGUGUGUACAAACUAACUUGUGGUGACUGUCCGAAAACUUACAUCGGUCAAACUGGCAGAACUUUUGACAAACGGAUAGCAGAACACAAAAGGGCUUUCAACAAUAGAAAAACAGACACUUCUACAUACGCACUUCACCUUCUAGAUCAUAAUCAUUCUUUCAAUGAAGAGUUUCAAAUUCUACAUAUUCAAAAUAAAGGCCUUAAGCUAUCACUUUUAGAAUCAAUGGAAAUUAAUAAAUUGAAAAAUACAGAUAUAAUUCUGAAUGACAAACUCGAGACAAACAGCUCCCCACUCCUCAACCUCUUCAGUAAAAGACUUAAAAAGGCAAACACAUUGUAAAAUAUAUCACUUGAGAAAGUCACUUUGCCGAAACAGCUGUAGUAAUAACAUAGUUGUAAUAAAUUUUGUGGAAGUAUAGAAAACAAACUUUUUUCAGUGUUUUAUUGUGAGAUAAAAUGAACUUCCAUCAAGUAACAGUCGAAUCCAUCAAUCAAAUAUUUAGAUUGUGGAUACUUUAACAAACUAAUAUGACAUAAAAGUUUGUAUGCACCGUGGGCAUUAAUAGAUGUGUAUAUCCUCGGGCGACUUACAAAAACUCAGGCCAGAGGCCCUCGUGGCAAGAUAGUCGCUCUCAGUCAUGAACAUCUACUUAAUGCCCUUGGUACACAAAUAAACAUUAUUUUCUGCAAAAUCAAAUAUGGUGCAUAGGUAGGAUUUGAUCUCUAAUUUUAUAAAAUGCAAAAAUUUAAUGAUAAGCAUUCCCAGUCCCACUCUUUCAUAUUUCAGAAGCAGUAGUAGUUUGUGGACUAAAGACGGUGCGGUGGUGAAGGGGAAUCACAUGAGCUCUCCCUGGUGUUGAAGGAACAUAAUUAAGUAAAAUGUUCCCUCACUGCAUAUACCAAAAGAUAAGUUGCGGAGCAAAUCAUCAACAACUCUACCUUAUCAGUAAGUCUACGAGAAGUGCAUGGUAAAUUUAAGGUGGAAUUACAAAAAAAAUUAUGUAUGUCGUUGUACUCACUUUAUAAUGCUCAAAAAAUUACGGGACCUGGAUUUCAAUGCAUAUUUUUUUAUAAUUCUCGUAUCAAAGUUGCGCGUGAAGUGAAGCGUGUUGAUGACAGUUGAGCGUUUGGGGUCGACCCCAAAAGAUGGAUAUGUGCUUUAUAAUGCGUCUAUAUUCGUUGCUAUAAGUAUAGUAUAAAUUCCUGAUUUCUCUGCCAUUAAUUUGAAAUAAUUUAAACUUUAAACCUUACAAGAAUAUGUUAAAUUAAUAAAGAGAAAUAAAUAAUGGAGUCAUCGAAUAAAGCUGGAAUUUUCCAGUGUUUGCCAAAAAGGUUAAUAUGUAGAGGUGUACCCAUGAACCAAAGUGAAAAAAUAUCGCUUAAUAACUGUGCUGUCCGUAGAUUAUAUUUUAAAAUAUUUAUAUGAUGAAAAGUGCUUGGUUGCUUAAUGAUUUUUUGGUUAUUAGUAGGUUCAAAGGUGUAAUAUUUUUUUUAUUAAAGACUUUUGUAUAAAA